GGGAGCAGCAAUAAUGUUGCUGGUGGCGCAGAUGCGCGAAGAACUGUUUGCUGGCUGGCGCUGCAGCUGAGAACCUCUAGUAGUGUUUGAAGAUCUGUGCUGUUGCCGCGGCCGCCGCUACCACUGCCGCAGCUGCCGUCGGAUAUGGAGCGAAACUUCAGAAGGAAAACCUCAGCCACGGCCCGGUGUAUAAUAUAUCCACCUAUAGUUUGCAGGUUGAUUCUCGUGAAGAGAGAGUGUGUUUCCAGGCGCUGAGAGCGCAGUUUUUACUCCGCUGUGCGCCGAAUGGAAAUAAGCCGCAGUCAGAUAAAAUCCGAAAGAUAAUUAGUAUUUAGUUCGGGAAGUGUGCUUGUGCCGGACAAAUGUACUACGCGGUAUUGCUCGGGAACGGGCGCAGUGCGGUGAUCUUGAGUCGGGAGCACCACGUGAAAGUUUUUCCACCCCGAAAAGUGCACACCGGUGGCCGUUUUGGGGUCAAGUGAAAUCAACCGCGCCACGGUGGUCGUCGUUCACAGCGCAAAUGGUGGCGAACUCCUCCGGUUCGUUCUCACACGCAACGGUGACCGCCAUCAGUUCCCGCAAAAUAAAAUUAAUGUCUUCCUUUUCACCGAAAAUGACUUCCAAAGUGAAUAAUUACUCAUUGACACAGAGCGAUUGGUGGUGGGCUGCAAUCAUAAUUAAGGCCAGCGGCACUGCCUUAGAGGCAUCUCUGCCACCACACAGCCAGGCCAUACCAAUUCUGGGCACGGAAAAACAGCAUUACACCGAGAAGCAGCAAUGCGUGUGAUAAGAGCCCGAGGGUACGAAUUUUGCGCAAAAGUUUCUCGUUACUGGCCGAUCCCGGGCACCCUUCAUUAUUGAUGACUCGAACAAGUGACGCUUUGGUGGACCGCGUAACGAGCCGAAUAGCUCUUCGAAAAACCGAGGAUCGGAUCACGAUUAAAUUAAAAUUCAAUGAAACCAAUCACACACACUAAAACGAAAAAAAACAGUUCAGAAGUGCAGUGAAAAUCUCUAGUGUCCAGCCGGGGGUCCACCGACAGUUUGCCGAGUUCGUGAAAGUACGUACCCCAGGCUAGUGCAGGUGCCGCUGGAACACUCAGGUGGUCGUUUCUCCAUUGCGGUUGGGUCCGUCGGGAACAAGUGUGAAGUGUGGAUGGAGUGACGGGAAGGGUGGGGAAUCCGAUAUAAUCGCUUUUUAUAGGCUGUGAUACUCGGCGCUGCUACCGCAGGGCAAAUCGAGUCCUCGUGUGACAUACAAUCGCGUUCGUGCACUAGGGUACCAACAUGCGUUUUGUGCUAAUUGCAAUUUAUUUGAUAUUAAUUAUGCCCAUCACUGGAUCUCGGUGGGCGGAAGGCAGCAACAUCCUACUGGAUCCGGCUCAGGUCUGCGAAAAUAAGAAUAAGAAAACCAAGCGGCUCACCGGUAAACUUGCCGAAAUCUGCAACAAUGACACCUCGCUGAUGCGGGAAAUAAAAAGGGGCAUCCAUCUCGGUUUCCGGGAGUGCGAGAAUCAGUUCCGGAACAAUAUGUGGAACUGCACGUGGACGAUCAAGCGCAGCAUGCGGAGGAUACUAACCAGAGAUACUCGCGAGACAGCGUUCGUACACGCAAUCACGGCCGCUGGGAUCACGUAUGCUGUUACGAAGGCCUGUACCAUGGGUGAUCUGCUGGAGUGCUCCUGCCAGAGUCACGCCAAAAAGAUUAUGCAGAACGUCCAGAAUGCACCCAGCCUCGGUCUCCCGGGGGACAGCCUGGCGGGGGGAAUCGAUGGUCCAGGCCCGGGGUCGGGCAACCGAAAGGGUAAUCGAAAGGUUAAGAACAACAAAGCGGGUGCCUACAAUGCGAUACCGAUUGCUUCCUAUCGCAGUGUCAAUACCAAUUCCAAUUACAACAGUAUGGCAGUGAGCAAGAGAGAGGUACUUAAAUCGCUACCAAACCAGAAACAUCUUCCGCAGGGCCAGGAUGGCAGCUGGGAGUGGGGCGGAUGUGAUGACAAUGUGAACUUUGGAUUCAGGAAGUCGAAGGAUUUCCUGGAUGCGAGGUUACGGAAGAAGAGCGACAUUCGGACGCUGGUGAAGCUGCACAACAACAACGCUGGCCGAUUGGCCGUCAAGCAGUUCAUGAGGAUGGAGUGCAAGUGCCAUGGGUUGUCCGGAUCGUGCACCAUGCGUACCUGCUGGAUGAAGAUGCCCGCAUUUGCGGAGGUGGGCGCUCGGCUGAAGGAACACUUCGAUGGAGCUACCAAGGUGAUAGCGAAGAACGAUGGGCACAGCUUCAUGCCGGAUGAUCCGUCCAUCAAGCUGCCAACGAAGCGGGAUCUGGUUUACACCGAAGAUUCGGAUGAUUUUUGCGAAGCAAACCCGAAGACCGGUUCGCUGGGAACCCACGGUCGGGAGUGUAACAUUACCUCGAACGGGAUUGAUGGCUGUAAUCUGAUGUGCUGUGAGCGGGGACAGAUUAGGAAGCACGUCGAGGUCAAGAGGAACUGUAAGUGUAGCUUCAAGUGGUGCUGCGAGGUGACUUGCAGCACCUGUAUCGACGUGAAAGAGGUGUACAGCUGUAAAUAACAACGGAGUUCAGUUGAAUUUUUGUGCUAUAUCAGUGAUUUAGGUAUUAGGUUAACUAGAUAAUUGUGACCUUUGACAUUGCUUUUUAUCGUAAUAGGAACUCGAGCUCUGAUUAUACAUGUGUAGAUCCAACCAACUCUUCAAAUGAAUUCGGCAAGACUGAGCAAAGUGACAAUAGUAAGGGAAAUAAAAAGAUUAUCGAAAUUUGUGGCUGUACCGAAAGUGUGAAAGUUUCAUUACGCGUAUUUUGGACCCGAAUCGAACUUAUAGAAAUUGUUAUGUUAUGACAAUGUAACUCACCAGAUCUUUUAACGAGCUUUAAACAAUUUGUACUAAUUAGGAAAGAUGCAAGAUAGGUAUAAAUACUAAUAGAAGGAGACGUUUGCAAUAUUAUUUAUUGUUAAGUGUGGU